AUGAAUCAAGAUGCGGAAGAGUACUUCCGCGUGUGGAAGCCCGAGGAAGCGAGCUCAGAUCACCAGGAAAGUCCCGAAGAACUCGAGCGACGGAAAGCUGCCCAGGAUGCCCUCUCAGUCCAGUACUACAAUUUAGUGACUUCGAUCUUUCAAAAGGCCGGUCGUAUGUGCGGACACCUCUGCCGUCUCUCCCCGAACGAACCCAUGGCCCAGUCCCUCGUUCGCCAUGAACACUACCUUGCCCACCGCGUCAACAUCCAAGAGGGCCAACGAAUUAUCGAUGUGGGAUGCGGCAUCGGGAACCCAGCCCGGUCAAUCGCGCGAUUCACCGGAGCAAACGUCACAGGCUUGAACAUCAACGCGCAGCAACUCCGGCAGGCGCGUCAGUUGACCCAGGCAGCCAGCCUUAGCUAUCAGGUCAACUUUGUUGAGCAGAACUUCCUGAAGAUGGAUUUCGCAAAUGAUACAUUUGACGGGGCGUACGCCAUUGAGUCGACUUGCUACGCCCCAGACCUUGUCGAGGUCUACAGCGAGAUCUUCCGCGUGCUGAAGCCAGGCGCCAGAUUCGGAGUGUACGAAGCUCUUCUAACGGACAAGUACGACGACAACAACCCCACGCACCGGCAGGUGAAAACCAACAUCGAGCGCGGCGGCGGCCUUGCUAGGAUCCACACCUCCGCUGAAGCUAUUGCCGCAAUGAAAGCUGUCGGCUUCGAGGUACUGGAGAUUGACGACCUCGGUGCUCGACCCGACCAGAUCCCCUGGGAGACGCAGCUGUCGGACCCGUUUCUGGAGAAGCAGGGGCUAUUGUCAUUUGCACUGCUGAGUACUUUCUUUGCGGCGAGGGCUAUGCCGCUUGUUAACCGGGGCUUGCAGGCUGUUGUUGGGAAGUUGGAGCAGAUGACGGUUUUCCCUGCGGGUUCGCAGAAGGUUGUCGAUCUUGUGGUGACGAUUCUGGAUGGAAUGUACCGCGGUGGUGAAUUGGGAAUUUUUUCGCCAAUGUUUUUGAUAGUCGCUAGAAAGCCGGAGGCGUAG